UUUCUCCAACCUUCAGCGCAGCUACCACCGAUCAUCUCUAACUUGCGCAGCUAUGGAUCUCCAGCUCAUCGAGAAAUCCCUCUUAGCCCUCUUCUGUGCUAUCGUUCUCGCCAUUACCAUUUCCAAGCUCCGUGGCAAACGGUUCAAGCUUCCACCCGGUCCCCUCCCGGUUCCGGUUUUCGGUAACUGGCUCCAAGUCGGCGAUGACUUGAACCACCGUAACCUAACCGACUUAACCCGCCGGUUCGGUGACAUCUUCCUCCUCCGUAUGGGCCAGCGCAACCUCGUCGUCGUCUCCUCACCUGAUCUCGCCAAAGACGUUCUCCACACCCAAGGUGUUGAAUUCGGGUCACGCACCCGAAACGUUGUCUUCGAUAUCUUCACCGGUAAAGGCCAAGAUAUGGUCUUCACCGUCUACGGCGAACAUUGGAGGAAGAUGCGGAGAAUCAUGACCGUUCCAUUUUUCACCAACAAAGUGGUUCAACAGUAUCGGUUCGGGUGGGAAGAAGAAGCUGCUCGGGUUGUGGAUGAUGUGAAGAAGAUGCCGGAGGCAUCAACGACUGGAAUUGUUCUAAGGAAGCGUCUGCAACUUAUGAUGUACAACAAUAUGUACCGGAUCAUGUUUGAUCGGAGAUUUGAGAGUGAAGAAGACCCUUUAUUUAUGAAGCUUAAGGCUUUAAAUGGAGAGAGGAGUAGAUUGGCUCAGAGCUUUGAGUAUAAUUAUGGUGAUUUCAUCCCCAUCUUGAGGCCUUUCUUGAGAGGUUAUUUGAAGAUCUGUAAAGAGGUUAAGGAGAGGAGGUUGCAGCUUUUUAAGGACUACUUUCUUGAGGAUAGGAAGAAGCUUUCGAGCACGAAAGCAACGGACAACGAAGGGCUGAAAUGCGCCAUAGAUCACAUCCUUGAUGCCCAGAAGAAAGGAGAGAUCAAUGAAGACAACGUUCUUUACAUCGUUGAGAACAUCAAUGUUGCAGCAAUUGAGACUACAUUAUGGUCGAUUGAGUGGGGCAUAGCCGAGCUGGUGAACCACCCCGAGAUCCAACAGAAACUCCGAAAUGAGCUUGACACGGUUCUCGGACCCGGUGUACAAGUGACGGAACCCGACACCUACAAGCUCCCAUACCUUCAGGCAGUGGUCAAGGAGACCCUGCGACUCCGCAUGGCAAUCCCGUUGCUCGUCCCCCACAUGAACCUCAACGACGCCAAGCUUGGUGGCUAUGAGAUUCCCGCCGAGAGCAAGAUCCUCGUGAACGCAUGGUGGCUCGCUAACAACCCGGCCCAAUGGAAGAACCCGGAGCAGUUCCGACCCGAGAGGUUCUUGGAGGAAGAGGCCAAGGUUGAGGCUAACGGUAAUGAUUUCCGGUACCUCCCAUUCGGCGUUGGCCGGAGGAGCUGUCCUGGAAUCAUUCUGGCCUUGCCCAUCCUUGGUAUCACCUUGGGCCGUCUGGUUCAGAACUUUGAACUCUCUCCCCCACCGGGUCAGUCCAAGCUUGAUACCACGGAGAAAGGAGGCCAAUUUAGCUUGCACAUAUUGAAGCACUCCACUGUUGUUGCAAAGCCUAGGGUGUUUUGAGCUUCAAAUUAUUCUCUCUCUCUCUCUCUCUCUCUCUCUCUCUCUCUUUGUUAUUGGACUUUUUUUUUGGUUAGUUUCUGUUUUUUGUUGUUGUUGUGAACUUGUUUCAUUUAAAGUACUAUGUGAAGUUAGUGAGGAGAAUGGAUGCACGCAUGGAUCAUGAACUUUGGAUCAUGGGCAAGCGGAAAAUAUAAUAAAAGAAACAAUUAUCAAAAUUAUGUAAUACUUAUACAUGGCCUCAUGAGAUGUGACAAGAAUGUAAAUGUAUGAAAUUGUAAGACCAUUUAAGGCAUUUUAUUUGAAUAUACAUGCAUCUAUUUCUCUCCAAAA